UUGUAGAAUCUGACAAUAGAAUACAGGUACAAAAAGAUUGGGGCAAAACAAAGUCCUGACCCUAAGAAUUCAAUGACAGUCCUGCAAAUAUCUAGCAUCUCUUUACAGAACAUGAAAUAGCUGGAACUUAUUUUUAAUUUGAUGACAGGUGUCAAGGCAAAGCAUUAAAGGCCCAGGUUCUCUGGAUCAAAAGCAAUGUCUCAAAAAGUAUAAUUAAUGUGUAGCAAAUAUUCCACAAAAACUUGGGAAUUUGGUGAGGAGACUAGUGGUGCGCAUGUGUGACAGAAACUACUGCUCUCUCCGCGCCCUCGCUUCCCGUCCGCAUCUGCCCUUAGCUGAGUCCUGGAAGAAUGUUAAUCUGCCAGAAUCCGGAGAAAGUCUUGACGACCGCUAAGCCUCCUCGUCCCCAAAGCCCCGCCCCUCUUGUAGCGCGCAUGUGCAGAAACGGCGCCCUGCCUGAGUUCUGCGGUUGCAACGCGGUUGCAAGCGAUGGCUAAGUCCUCGUGCUAUCCGCCGCCGGCGCAGCCUGUCACUCACCUGAUCUUUGACAUGGACGGUCUCCUUCUGGAUACUGAACAUCUUUAUACUGUUGUGUUCCAAGAAAUCUGCAGUCGUUUUGGGAAAACCUACACCUGGGAUGUGAAAUCCUUAGCAAUGGGUAAAAAAGCAUUGGAAGGAGCAGAAAUCAUUUGCGAUGCACUAGAUCUCCCAAUCACCAAAGAAGAGCUGUUACAUGAAAGUAAAAUCAUGCAAGAAAAAUUGUUUCCUACAGCUAUGUUGAUGCCAGGAGUUGAAAAACUAAUCCGCCAUCUACACAAACAUAAUAUUCCUACAGCUGUUGCUACUAGUUCAUCUCGAGUGACAUUUGAAAUGAAAACAAGCCAACACAAAGACUUCUUUGGUUUAUUUCAUCAUAUUGUCUUGGGAGAUGACCCUGAAGUAAAGCAUGGCAAGCCACAACCUGAUGUGUUUUUAGUUUGUGCAAAGAGAUUUGAUCCUCCUCCAUGUCCAGUAAAGUGUCUUGUAUUUGAAGAUGCUCCCAAUGGAGUGAAGGCAUCACUGAAGGCUGGUAUGCAAGUGAUCAUGAUUCCAGAUGAAAACUUGAACAAACACCUUACAAAAGAAGCAACCCUAGUACUGAGGUCCAUGAGUGAUUUCAAGCCAGAACUGUUUGGUCUACCACCAUUUGUUUAAACACCGUUGUUGUUUUUUAAUCUUUUAAAUUUAGUAUUUUAAAAAAGAUCAUAGUUUUUUUCUUUAUACUAUUGUUUCAUUAUUUACACUUCAGCUUAAUUCAGAAUUAAAAUAUUUUGCCAUAAAUGUAUUUGAAACCUAAGAGGUUUUUAGAUUAUGUACUCAUUCAAAAAGAAAUGCUCUUUUUUCAUAAGGUUUGAAAAAACAAGCCAACUAGUAGCUCUCCUGAAUUUUCUCAUUACUUCUUCCAUCAUUUUUAUUUUCAGAAAAAUUCUGUAAAGAACGCUUUCUCUGGGUUGUUUUUGUUGUUGUUGUUGUUGUUAGAAAUCACCAGAACUAGUCAUACAGAACUAUAUUUAUAUUAAAGUCACUUUGAGUGGACUUUAAUACAAGAUUUUGCCACCAGUGAUAAAAUGAUCAUUGAAUAUAUGUGCAAGAUUCUUUGACAAUCUAAAUGGAGUGCUUUACUGUAUUUUCCCAAAAAUAAGACCCAGUGUUAUAUUUUUUUGCCUCCAAAAGAGGCAGUAGGUCUUACUUUUGGGGGAUAUCUUCAUUUUUUCGCGACAGCCGCCUCGCAGCGGCGGCACCAACAGUCCCAUCCAGCAGGAGCCCACAUGGGCAGUGAUCCAUUUCUGUGGCCGCUCAUGGCAGGAGGUUGUGUAGCCCACUGCACCGUACCACCACUAUGAGGCAAGGCAGGUGGAGGAGGGGGUGGAACUACCUCAAGUGCUCCAUAGGCACUCAAAUACUUUUCGCCCAAAGGGAGACUGGAAGCUCCGUCUGUUUGCAAAUGGAAAGAUUGGAAACAGAGGGAUUUGCUUCGUUUCCAACACUCCAUUUGCAAGCAGACAAAGCUUCUAGUCUCCGAUUCGCAAUUUGCUCAGUUUUCAAAUGCCCGAUAGGUUCCCAAACACUUUUUGCCUGGAUGGAGAAAUGUCAGAGACUAAAAGCUUCGUCUGCUUGCAAAUAGGGCGGUUGGAAACUGAGGGAUUCACUCCAUUUCCAACCGCCCCAUUUGCAAGCAGAUGAAGGUUCCAGUAUCCCUCUGGGCGAAAAGCGUGCAGCAUGUCUGAUUGCCUGCCUCCCCCCCACCACCUUUGCCUCUGCUCUGGACUUACCUGUCCUGCUUCAAGGUGCCAGUGGGCUGCAGGUGCUGUCAGACACCAUCGCCCCCCCUUGUGCUCACUGCCACUUAUGCUGGCCACGCCCACCCCAGUCUUAUUUUUGGGGUCGGGCUUAUAUUAAGCCCACCCCCAAAAAUCAGGUUAGGGCUUAUUUUCGGGUUGGAUCUUAUUUUCGGGGAAACACAGUAGGUCUAUUUUCAACAUCUUUUAUGUUACACAUUUUUGUAGUUGUCUGUGUUUAGCUGAAUACAUAGUUGAAAAUAUUGCAAAUAUUAAUUUGUUGUAUAAUCUGGAUUCAUACAUCAUGCUAAAAAGGCAGGCAACCUAUUAUCUCAGAGCCACCUAUGACUCCCAAGCUCUUCAUUAUAAUUCUCAGAAAGUUUUUUGUGGCCACAAGUGUCACCUUGAAUUGUACACAAAGUAAUAAUGCCACAAUUAUCAAAAAUAAUGGUUUAAUGUUUUACUAUCUAUUUGGUGAGCUAUGUGUAAGAAAGCUAUAAUGUAUGGGAUGGUGUAUGUUCUAAAAUAGGCAUAACAGAGUUAAGGAAAAAUACAUAACCCUCCUGUAAAUUUAUUGUCCUAACAUUGGAUAAAUCUGGCACUGUUCAAAUGAAAUUUUGGAAAAGUU